UUACUAUAUGUACUUUACAUGUGUAUCAUAUGUAUCAGUUAAAUUUCAUCUUGUAAUCUAGAGCAAGUUGUUCAUACGUUUUAUUCGUCAAACGCUAGCGCUGUCAACGUUAUAAGUCAAAGCAGUAUUAUGUGGCUAUCAUAAACUGACUGCAUUUGUUUUAUUAAUGUAAAUAUCAGACGAAUAAGGACAUGCUGUAAUCCACGUGCACUUUGGUAAUGUUGCCGACGUCAAAAUCUGACGUAACGUCCGGGUACUUUGUAGUGAUGAACAGAUGUGUAGCUGCGCUCUACUCUAAUGUUUCAAAGCCGCUUCUGUAUCAGUUUUUUUGUCACAUGUGAAAGUGCAGUUUGUAGAAUGCCCUGUGCAGUGAAGCCCCGGUUUGUGGUGCUCUAUGGAUCUCAAAAGGGCCAAGCCCAGUCCAUAGCAGAGGGGAUUGCUCAAGAGGCUGAGGAACAUGGGCUGGUUGCUGAGCUCAGCUGCUUAAACCAGAAUGAGAAGUACAAUUUGGAGCAGGAGAAUGACCCUGUAGUCUUUGUUGUGUCCACAACUGGAGAUGGGGAACCACCAGACAAUACCCUCCAAUUUGUGAAGCGCAUCAAGAAGAAGACCAUCUCUUCUGAUCACUAUAAACAUCUAUGCUAUGCACUUUUAGCUUUAGGAGACACAAAUUAUGCAAAUUUCUGCAACUGUGGGAAAACAAUUGAGCGUCGUCUACAGGAACUUGGAGCCAAACAGUUCUAUGCAACAGGAUAUGCAGAUGAUGGUGUAGGGUUAGAGGUGGUCGUGGACCCCUGGCUUGAAGGUCUGUGGAAAGCAAUCAAAGACGCCGUAUCCAAAAUGGAGUCUGAUAAAACUGGUGACUUGAAAGGGGUAACCCUCGAUGCAGCUAAGGUGACUCCUGUUCCAUCUGUACAGGAUGUCCAACUAAACCUACUAAGCCUCACUGACCACCAGAAUGGUGAGGCAGUCCAAGAAACUGACUCCAAAUAUGCAUCUGCUGCUGUAUCUUCCGCUUCUGUUACACAAACUGCCAUUUCUGAUCUUAGUCCAGCAUCUCCUACGGGGGGCCCUGGGUUGGCAUCCCCGUCUGGAGGCAUUGGCAGUGUUUCUUCAUCAGCACCGGAGGCUCAGACAGAGGCUGGUGGAGUUUCCCAUGUUGAAUUGGCAGCCUCACUGACAUGUUCCCUGCCCCCGCUGUCAGAGUCAGCUCUCAAUGUUCCAGUGCUUCCUCCUUCCUACCUGGAUGUUUCACUUCAGGAGGGGGAUGCAGUAGAGGAGAGUUUCGGACCUUUAAAUAAAAAGACUCUUUAUGAGGUGCCUAUUUCCAAAGCGGUUCAGCUCACCAGAGGAGAUUCAGUUAAGACAGCCCUUCUCGUAGAGCUGGAAAUCUCUGCUCUCCCAGAUGUGACGUAUCAGCCUGGAGAUUCUUUUGAUGUGUUCUGCCCAAACAGAGAUAGUGAGGUGGAGGAGAUGCUCCAAAGACUGGGCCUUCAAGACCAGAGAAAACAUUGUGUGUCUGUGUCUCUCAAAAAGGAUACCAAGAAAAAAGGUGCCCAGGUGCCAUCUUACAUUCCCCCGAACAUUUCACUGCUCUACCUGUUGACAUGGUGUCUCGAAAUAAGAAGCGUUCCUAAGAAGGCGUUUCUUCGAGCACUGGUUGAGCAUACUGGGGACAGUGUGCAGAAGAGGAGACUGCAGGAGCUCUGCAGUAAACAAGGCACGGCAGACUACAACCUAUAUGUGAGAGACCCAAGCCUCAGCAUUUUGGAGCUUCUCAAAGCUUUUCCAUCCUGCGUGCCUCCUCUCAGCCUACUCAUAGAACAUUUGCCAAAACUGCAGUCCAGACCUUAUUCAGCAGCAAGCUCCUGUCUUAGGCACCCAGGAAAGCUACAUUUCGUCUUCAAUGUUGUAGAGUUCCCAGCAUGCUUUGGGCGGCCUGCGGGGAGGCGAGGCUUGUGUACCGGUUGGCUAUUUGACCUCAUCAAUCCUGUCCUGGUUUUCCCUGGGAAGCCUGACUCCUCCAGCAGCCCGGCUCUGCCAAAGAUCCAUGUGAGUUUGAGACCCAACUGCUCCUUUCGACCUCCACCUGACCCAUCAACGCCUUUCAUAAUGGUUGGACCAGGCACAGGAGUCGCCCCAUUCAUCGGUUUUCUGCAGCAAAGAGAGAAGCAAAUGCAGGAGAACCCUGAGGCGGUAUUUGGCGAGACCUGGUUGUUCUUUGGUUGUCGCCACAGAGACAGAGAUUACUUAUUCAGAGAGGAGCUGUUGGGGUUUGUGUCCAGUGGUACCCUGAGCCACCUCAAAGUGUGCUUCUCCAGAGACACCCAGGAGGAGGAAGAAGAGGAGGAGGAGGAGGACAAGGCCACCAACUCUGCAGCACGACCCAGAUAUGUCCAACACAACCUGCUACUUAACAGCAGACACAUCAGGAGCAUCCUGUUCCAGCAGAACGGUUAUCUGUAUGUGUGUGGGGAUGCCAAGAACAUGGCUAAGGACGUGAAUGACACCCUGACUGAGAUGAUCAAAACAGAACUCCAGGUGGACCAACUGGAGGCCAUGAAGAGUCUGGCAAGGUUGAGAGAGGAGAAGCGCUACUUACAGGACAUCUGGGGCUGACAGCAGAUUGCUUCCGCUGAGCUUUUUUAUACCUUCAGAAAAAAUAAGCAUGCUCAGCUGUAACCUCUGGAACCAUAAAAUUGUGACUGCUAAAGCCCGGAGGUAGUUUACACCACCCAACGCUACCAAGAUGGAAUGUAGCAUGACCCGGGGAUAUCGGUUCACUACAUCAUCCUGGGCUUUGCUGUUCAAACAGAAAUGACCUUGGUCAGGGCAAUAGUGCUGGAGAUUGGUCCUGCAGUGUGAAAAAGCUUUUAGUGUAGACGAGCCUUUUCCGUUCGUCCUGUCUGCAAGAAAAGGCAUUUACUUUCUUGGGCUGUGAUGGAGUGAUUUUGAUGAGACUGAAAGUGGGGUAUCGUUUCGGGUAGAUGGAAACAACACAGCAACGAGUUGUUUUUUUUAUCGACACACACUUGAGAUUUUGUUUAUUGUCAUUCAGGGAAAAAAGAAAUGAUUUGUUUUUUUUUAAUGUCCUAACACUCACUGCCAAAUAAAUGCACCACAACUUAUCCCUGAAGCCAAAAAUGAUUAAAAAAUCAAGGUUCAGAAAUGAAAUUAGUUUGUAAUGUUUUUAUUGCUGUGAUCAAAUUUUAUCUAUUAUAAAAAAAAGCUUUUUAAAGAAAAUUGAAAUUCAUCGGAUGUAGUUAAACCCAUGUCAUCUUUGGGAAAUAAUCAAAUCACAAUAUAACAUCAGAGGGCGUCAAUCUCCAUGAUAAUGUGCGAAUGUGACCAGACUCAUCUAUCUUACUAACUUUGUUUGCGUCUGUCUGCCCACACACACCCUGCUGACUGCCAGUUUGGAGAGAGAGUGAACUCCAACUUUUCUAACACCCGCAAAACCAGCUCAAAUCUCACAAACUGUGGUGAAAACAAACACAGCUGUGCACUGUAUGAUCAGAAAUUACAGAAAUAAAAGAGA